AUGUCAAAUAAAAGAGACCAAUUAACAACAGGAGGAUCUUCUUCUUCCAAUAAUAACUACAAUAACAAUGAUCUACCUCCACCAUACUCAUCAAAUGUGGAUUAUUCUCAUGGAGUUAUAGUUGAAGAAAGUAUACAACCUUAUCCUGAAGUACCUUAUAGGCACACACCAAAUCUUUCUUACACACCGCCUCUUCCACCAUCCACACCAUUAUAUCAAAAUUAUUCAAAUGGUCUCGUUAAUCCAGGAUACUUGGCUGAUACGGUUAUUUUGUCACAACCUGUUUCUAUUAAAGAAUUAAAAGACGAACCUACAAUGACAACUUGUCCACAUUGUAAUGCAAUCGUAUUAAGUCGUGUCAAAUUUGAGCCAGGUUCCGCUACUUGGUUAAGUUCUUUAGGCUUAUUUUUCUUCGGAAUUACUUCAUGUUGUUGUUGCUUAGUCCCAUUUUGUAUUAACGAUCUCAAAGACUGUAUUCAUUCAUGUCCAAAUUGUAAUAAAGCCAUGGCAAAAUAUUCAAGACUCGAAGGAAAAGUGUAUAAAGCAAUUCAUUAA